CAUUCCAUAGACGCUGUCAGUGCAGGAGUCAGUCCGAUCGGAGACACGUCUUACAACUCCAGUCACUGGGAUCUGGGCAGUGCCUUCUUCUUCGCUGGGACUGUGAUCACAACGAUAGGUAAUCUCCAUCACCAACCUAUUAAUUAAUUACUUGCUCCUCUUAAUUGAGUAGAAUAAAGCAAUAUCACUGGUCUACUUUGACGUGAAAGCUAUGAGGUAACCUACGGGUGCUGUGACUCGCUACAUCAAGUGCAGUUCUGUCAGCAUUACACAACUGUAAUGUAAUGUGUGCUAUUUAUCAUGAGCUUGCUGGGAAAUGGAGAAAACAAAGAUUGGAAACAUAAUGCAUCAUUCACAGGAUGUACUUUAUGCUAAUGUCUGUGUGUGUGCGUGUUCAAGUCUCCCAGCGUGUCUUCACAGUACAUCAUUUACUGAUGAUAAUAGCAUUCUAUCAGGAGAUGGGAAGGAACAGUGGCACUAGGGUGUCUUUUUAGUAGAACAAAUGAAUACCAUUUAAUCUGUUCACACAAUUACACUGCUUUGCUCACUGUGGAGAGGUACACACAUCCCACCGUGCUGGUUUAGUCAUCCCGUCUAGUUUUGUUUCUCCAUUCACUGCAAGUUGUAAUUCAUGUCAUGUUCUCUGAGCCCAACCUGAUUAUUUCCUCUCUUAGUGCUUAUUUACCUCCGACCUCCAACUGCAGGAAUAUAACUCAGGCCUUACAUAACAAAACACCACUGUGACAGGUUACGGGAACAUAGCGCCCAGCACGGAGGGAGGGAAGAUCUUCUGCAUCCUGUACGCCAUAUUUGGCAUCCCGUUGUUUGGGUUCCUCCUGGCUGGCAUCGGAGACCAGCUGGGAACCAUAUUUGUCAAGAGCGUCUUGAGGGUGGAGAAGAUAUACAGGGUAAGUUGGAUUACUUGAGCAUUUUGGGUUGUGUUAUGUACAGGGGAUUUACUGGAACUGCAUAAGCACAUGAUGCUUUCAGAGAUAUUUCAAGUUAACUAAAACCAACUUUUGAUCAGUUUAUUAGAAUUAACUUAGACACCAUGUUUGAUGACUUAUUUUGUGAAGAAAGGGGUCUUUGAAAAUGAGUAUUUGGGGCAUGUUAUACACAGAUGUAGGAUCUUAAUUUGAGCCUGUUUUCUACAGCAGGAAAAUAAUCCUGCAGCAACAGUAAAUUUGAAAUAUUAUAAUUAAUGGACAUUUUUGUAGGGGUUGAUAAAUAUUUCGUAAACCAAUAUGCUACCCACCGUGAAAACCAGGCAAAUUACCUCCAACCUAUAAUCACCCUAUUCACUGUGAACAGCACAAUGCCUUUGAUACAGUCAUCCCUGUAAAAGCUUUUCCAGAUAUCCAGGUAUUAGGCCAGGCUCAGUGGUUUUGGACUCUUGUUCCCCCUCCAAGGAGUCAACACGAGUCAGGCUAGCUGAGGCUGAGAUUACGAUGUGCUCUUUGUAGUGAGGGCAGAGGUGUUUGAUGGAGUGUGGAGGCAGGGGAGGUAGAGGGCCAGGACCUGAUUGAGAUUAUGUGAGCAGGCUGUAUGUCAGGCAGGAGAUGAGCACAGAGCUGAGCCCCUCUUCAGACUACUGAAAGCCCCAGGGGGCUUGAGUUUCUGUGACAUAAAGUGAGUUUGGGAAUUAGGAUUUUCCUGCUGGAUCAAUGGAAGGAAGGGUGGUUUUGGAUGGUUUUCUUUCUUGGUGCCUGGGGUGCUCUGGAGUGUUUUGGCUAAUGGGUAUUGACACGAGGUAAUUGAUGAAACUGCAUCUCUUCAAGCUUACUGUGUCUUUGAGCUGGAAAUGUACUGUGUAUAGCUAAUUUAUUUUAUAUACUUUUUUGACAACUUUGUGAUUGUUGACUUGCAGUCGUCCUCUGACCAUGUCAUGUUUGUACUUCAGCAAAAACACAAACAGAUCAGCCAGACCAAAAUCAGAGUCACCUCCACCAUACUCUUCAUCAUAGCCGGGUGCAUAGUCUUCAUCGGCAUCCCGGCGGUCAUUUUCAAACACAUCGAGGGAUGGACGACUCUGGAUGCUAUCUACUUUGUCGUCAUCACGCUAUCAACGAUUGGCAUCGGGGACUAUGUGGCAGGUAUGAUAGUGUUACAGUAGAACAGGUUUAUGUACUGUGUCUUUAGUUCUCUGAAAUUAAGGUUUUAUUUGCUUUUGUUUUGCUGUGUCUGCAUUACAUUGAUAAUCCCUUGACUAAUGAUGCUAAAAGUGACUGCCGAUAAUUAUAUGUCAGGAAAUCUUAUCUAUGGGAAUAUUAUGGCAAGAAUAACCCAAAAGAAUGCUGAUACAACAUCAAGUCUCUUCAAACCCAAUUCCAAAUGACUGUUCAAUGUUUGUCAAACUGAACCUUUCCAACUCCCUUAUCCUCCUAAUCUGUCUGUAAUGAAAACAUUUUUUUUGUGAUAAAUGUUUUAUUGUUGACAAUAAUUUGGUGGUAACAGGCAUAUACAUACAUACAUAAUCCAAUAGUUGGCAUCCAAUGUAACAACUCUUCCUCUGUUGUUCCAGGUGGGGAUCGGAAGAUCGAGUACAUGAAGUGGUACAAGCCUCUGGUCUGGUUCUGGAUCCUGGUAGGCCUGGCCUACUUCGCUGCUGUCCUGAGCAUGAUCGGAGACUGGCUCAGAGUGCUGUCCAAAAAGACCAAAGAGGAGGUUGGUGCUGCUCAUUCAAUUACAGUGCCCGUCAUUACAUUAUCUAAAGCAGUGGAAACUAAAAGGUCACUCCUUACUAGGCUCGGCUCUUACCCUACCCACCUUUAUUCCAUGUCUGUUUUGCUAUUAUGCCUUGUUGAUGCCCCUGUCUGGAGCCCCUGAGACACUGAGACAGACAGUUGUGUGGGAGAAGUGGUUAGAUAUGCAGUCAUUAGUGUUCAGGCUGAUGUGUUAAUAGUGAGCUUACUAAGCUAUUGAUCUGUACAUACAGUAUGGAUGGAUACUGUGGUAAUGCACCCCCUCCACCCUCCUGCCUCUAAUGACUCCAUCUUUGUGUAAUUGCAGGUGGGGGAGUUCAAGGUCCAUGCGGCUGAGUGGAAGGCAAACGUGCGGGCUGAGUUCCGGGAGACGCGGCGGCGGCUGAGUGUGGAGAUCCACGACAAGUUGCAGCGGGCCGCCACCAUCCGCAGCAUGGAGCGCAGGCAGCUGGGCCUGGAGCAGAGGGCCCACUCCCUGGACAUGCUCUCCCCAGAGAAGAGGGCCGUGUUUGCCAGCUUGGACCAGGGCCGCUUCAAAACCUCCUCCCAGGAGAGCAUCGACACCAAGCUGAAUAACUUGAGGUUGAAAGGGGCAGGGGAGCUUUGUUAUGACCAGCGGAGAGGCAGCGAGCAGACACAGCAGGCCUCGUCAUCGGAGGAUAACCUCUUCAACCUCCGCUUCCGCUCCCUCACCAAGCUGGCCAAGAGACACAAGAACCGCGACCUGAAGAGGAACAUUCCUGAGGAUGUGCGGAGGGCCUGUGAGGAGAUGGAGAGGAGGAGGGAGGAGGAGGGAGAGGAGAAGGAGGGAGAGGUGGAGGAGAUGGAGGUGGAGGAGGAGGAAGGGGGCGAGAGGAAGGAGGGCAACACCAGCUUGACAAAUUUAGAGUACGCAGACGAGCGCUGA